AUGGCCCAGGGCAUGGCGCAGGCACGGCUAGUUCAGGAACGGAAAUGCUGGAGGAAAGACCAUCCUCAUGGCUGGAUUGCAAAGCCAAAAAAGAAUGCGGAUGGGACGGACUGCCUAUUGACUUGGGAGUGCACCAUUACUGGGUCUGAAAGGACGCCAUGGGAAGGGGGUGCGUUCCCAAUCACACUCAAGUUCUCUGAAGACUAUCCAGCUCGACCUCCGGAGUGCUACUUUCCCACGGGUUUCUUCCAUCCUAAUGUCUACCCGUCCGGAAAGAUCUGCUUGAGCAUCAUCAACACCCCUGAGAAUAAGGGGACGUGGAAACCCUCAAUCACAGUGAAACAGGUGAGCCAAGCUUGUACAACGUACUCUGAGAAGCCUUUCCUAGUACCAACGGCAGUCACCUCUUGA